GAAGACUUACGUGGUACGUCACACUAGUGCGACCGCCGCGAAGGGUCAAAGAUUUCCUUGCUAAAUCGUAUACUUGCGCCAUGUGUUCUCUCGAAGCAUGAUGGACGGCUCACAGAAACACGCGCUGGAGAUGGUCCGCGCCGAUGGAGCAGAUGAGGGCUGUGUGACGUUUGUGCUGCAUGAAGAGGAUCACACGCUGGGCAACUCACUCAGAUACAUGAUCAUGAAGAGUCAGGAAGUGGAAUUCUGUGGAUACAGCAUCACACACCCUUCAGAAAGUAAAAUCAACUUUCGCAUACAGACUCGAGGAGGACUUCCGGCUUCUGAACCUCUGCGCAACGGCUUGAACAACCUGACUGAAGUGUGCAAACAUGCCCUGCACACUUUUGAGUCUUCGUGUUCACGUAGUGACUCAAUCCGGGUGGCGGAGGAUGAAUCCCAGCUUCCUCCAUGUCUGAGACCAUCAACACACGCAUCUUACCACGUGGAUUGUUGAGCGUGUUGCCACAGAGAUGUAGCGUGUGUGGAGGCUUCACGCCAUCCAAUGCGGCAUCCAUGCUCAACUCACCACGCGCCCCACCAAGAACAAACCACAUUAUAGUGACUACGAGGUGGUUACCCCAUUUGAGACUACCCUCCCUAGCAACCGGGCCAAUAUUUGCAAGAUAAUGUCAAUAAAGCUCAGGAUGUGAGCUCAGAGUCAGGGGCAGAAUCUUCAUCUGGUUUCGCAGAAGAAGCGGUAUCACUCCAUGGACCCAUACCAGAACCCACUCCAAUGGUGGAAGAUGAUUGAGUGUUGAUAUUCUAAUCUAAUAGUCCACAGGUUAUAGUUAUUAAGCUUAUUUGUAAUUUUUUUGAGUAGCCUAUCUGUUAACCUACUGAGGUGAUGUGCUUAGCGGCUACAGUAGGGCUGUGCAAAUUCUAUCAAAUAUCAAUAUAUUGUUAUAAUUUUCCUCAUGAUAUUGUAUCUAUACUUUAGUUCCCUGGUAUCUGUAUUUGUAUUCCGCUAAUUUUGUAUUCAGAUCAUUCCCAACAGUUCAAUAAAGUUGAAGCAGGUUGUCUAAAUAAAUGCAAACUCAGAGUGGUGUUUCUUAUUGCAGACAAUUAGGUUCAAGAGAGAGACUGAAUCGGAUCCCACUCUCGCAGAUAUGCUAGUCCUCACUCACGAGUUUAACACGAGGGUAAUGCAAAAAAAACAUUGAUUUUACGAUUAACCGUGAUCUUUAUUUGAUUAUAUCGAUUCUUAAAAUCUCAAAAACGAUCAUUUACCGAUGUGCAGCACUUUAAAAUGACAGUAUAUCACUCACAAAUGCGACUUGUUAAACUCUUGCAUUUUUUGGAUGCCGUCUGCAAUUUUUCACACUCAAAUUUAAAAGCUCACCAUUCACACACUCUGGACUACAUGCAAACAAUUUUUUUUAAGAAAACACAAAUUAUUCAUAAAUAAUAUUUUGUGUUUAUAAUCAUAUGAUAAACAGGAUUUUUUUGUAACGUUUUCUUUUUUCUUUCUAAAUUUGUAAGCAUGUAAUUCUGGUUCUGUUCACUCUCUCACUUUGAAAAGACUUAUUGUGUUCCACUAGAUGGCAGCAAGAACAAAUAUUUUUUUCGCUAUCAUGUUCAUCACAAUACACAGAUAUAAAAUAUGGGUGGCACGCUAAUGCAUUAAGCGUGAUAUAGCUGGAGAAUUGCAAAAAUAUCUGUAAUUAGCAACUGCUUGGUAAUAUUUCAGGUUCACACACCAACACAGAGUUCAGCAUCCUUUCACUGCGUGUUGAGAGUAAAAGUUUGGUUUGCCUUAUAAUGUGUGUCCAAAGAUGACAUCCACGUAAUCCAUUUGUCAUUGAUAAUGUCUCUUAUAAUUCCCUCUUUGGUCUUUACAGUUAGAUGUUGAUAUAAAAAAAAACAACAAAAAUAAAUAUUUAAUUGUAAUCGGACAUUCGACUCCAUUUGCUUUUAAGUCCCUAACCUUAAAGAGACAGUACCGGUUUCAGCACAAGUUCUACAUGUUGUUGAAAAAACUUGAAAAUAGGACGAAUUGGGCAUCUAGAAAAUAAACACACACACACACACACACACACACACACACACACACACACACACACACACACACACACACACACACACAGACUGUAUACACACAUGCCAUUUUUUGCAUCAUAUUUAUUAAUGGAAUUUUUGUUAAAUUUAAUAUUUUUAAAAGCUAAAAUGUGACCUAAAGUGACAAACUACUGAUAAAAAAAAACAUUAACUGAGAGGGAAUCUUUUAUUUGCAAAAUGGACAUUACUGAAAUAUACCAGUAUUUAUUGGAAUAAAAUUGAGAGCAUGUGAAUCAUAAGAAAAUCGAGCCAUGAAUAAUAAUUCUGUAUUAUAUAUAACAUUAAACUGGGUUCCAGGUGAAAUUGAGUGAAAUUUGUUUUUGUGCACACCGUUCAUUCACUCAAAAAAUCGGUAAAUAAUUAAGAAAUAUUUUGUAAAAAAAAAAAUCUAUCUGCACACUGAAUUAAGAUACAGACUAAAAAAAGUUCUAUCAAAAAUACAUUAAGUUUUACAUUUCCAUGGUAAAAAAGUGCAAGUGAAUUAAAACCCAGACAAACAGGAGAAAUGUUUCAGCACAUUGCUUUCAAGCCUCAAACAAGAGCCAUUUUAUAGGUGCUUAAUUGGAGAUUAUGACCAGCUGGAUCUAAUGAGUAAUUCAUAUUUUUUUCCAGUUUUAUUUUUUGUUCAAAGUUUGAAAUCAAGGUGUCUUGCUUUAUUGUGUAGGCUUGCUUGCUUAGUCGACCUAUUUUAUUGAAAUGCUGGACAUUAUUUGUUAAAAGCACAAAUAGUUAUAAAUAUACAUAGAAAUAUACAACAAAACAUUGAUCUAAAGUAUCGAGAGAGAGAGAUAUAUAUAUAUAUAUAUAUAUAUCGAUAUUUGAUUGUAUCGACACAGCCCUUGUUCGGAAGUGCGUGUUAUAGUUUUGCCUAGUUCUGAAUUAAGUUAUUGUUAGUUUGGCAAGUAAAUAAGAACAUGAUUCCUUACUACUUGUCAAAUAAUGUUCUUUUUCUUUUGUAUU